AUGGAGCGGCAGAUUGAGCGUGCGGUGACGCACAAGAAACCCGUCCCCGAAAUCGACUUUACGCUGCACACCAUGGAAGAUGGGACCCAGGUGUCCACGCUGGAGAGAGUCGUCAAAGAGGUGCAGGCGCCCGCCCUCAACACACCCGACGACGACACCUUCUGGUCUAAGGAGGACCCGACCAAGCCCAAUCUCCAGUUUCUCAAGCAGCAUUUCUACCGGGAGGGGCGGCUCACGGAAGAGCAGGCGCUGUGGAUCAUAAACACCGGCACUCAGCUGCUCCGCGCCGAGCCAAACCUCCUGGAGAUGGAUGCUCCCAUUACGGUCUGCGGUGACGUCCAUGGACAGUAUUACGAUCUCAUGAAGCUGUUUGAGGUCGGCGGAGACCCUGCAGAGACAAGAUACCUGUUCCUCGGUGACUACGUGGACCGAGGCUACUUCAGUAUCGAGUGCGUCCUUUACCUGUGGGCUCUCAAGAUUUGGUACCCGAAUUCCCUGUGGCUUCUGCGGGGCAACCAUGAAUGUAGACAUUUGACCGACUACUUCACCUUCAAGCUCGAGUGUAAGCACAAAUACACUGAGCGGGUUUAUGAAGCUUGCAUGGAAUCCUUCUGUGCGCUGCCUUUGGCUGCGAUCAUGAACAAGCAGUUUCUCUGCAUCCACGGUGGUCUCAGCCCGGAGUUGCAUACUCUCGAGGAUAUUAAGGCUAUCGAUCGCUUCAGAGAGCCCCCGACGCAUGGCUUGAUGUGUGACAUCCUCUGGGCGGAUCCAUUGGAGGAGUUUGGCCAAGAGAAAACCGGGGAAUAUUUUGUUCACAACAAUGUUCGCGGCUGCUCUUACUUCUUCUCCUACCCCGCUGCCUGCGCGUUCCUCGAGAAGAACAACCUGUUGUCCAUCAUCCGAGCGCACGAGGCCCAGGAUGCUGGUUACCGGAUGUACCGAAAGACCCGUACGACGGGUUUCCCCAGCGUUAUGACCAUCUUCAGCGCCCCCAACUACCUCGACGUGUAUAACAACAAGGCGGCCGUUCUGAAAUACGAGAAUAAUGUCAUGAACAUCCGGCAGUUCAACUGCACCCCUCACCCUUACUGGCUGCCAAAUUUCAUGGACGUCUUCACGUGGUCGCUCCCUUUCGUCGGAGAGAAGAUUACCGACAUGUUGAUCGCCAUUCUGAACACAUGCUCCAAGGAAGAGCUCGAGGAGGAUGCUCCCUCGUCGGUUUCUCCCACUGGCCCUUCGUCGCCUCCUUUGGCCAUGGACACCGAUCAGGAGCCCGAUCAAACCGAUCAAAAGGACGAGCAAAGCGAAUUCAAGAGACGGGCCAUCAAGAACAAGAUUCUGGCCAUUGGCCGUCUAUCCCGUGUCUUCCAGGUCUUGCGUGAGGAAUCCGAACGGGUCACGGAACUUAAAACCGCGUCUGGCGGUCGUCUUCCUGCUGGAACCCUCAUGCUGGGGGCGGAAGGCAUCAAACAAGCGAUCCACAAUUUCGAGGACGCCCGUAAAGUCGACCUGCAGAACGAGCGACUACCUCCUUCUCAGGAAGAAGUGGCUCGGAAGAGUGAGGAGGAAAGGAGGGCUGCGUUGGAGAGGGCCGCGCAGGAAGCCGAGAAUGAUACCGGGUUGGCCACUGUGGCCAGGCGGAUCAGCAUGGGCGGAAAGGAAGGCCGGCGUCGAAAGGAGGCCGUGGCAAAUCGUGAACGAGAACGUCAACAAGAACGAGAAUCGUCACAGUGA